UUGUCUCCUUCUCCUAAACUUCCAUAUAUAUAUAUAUAUAUAUAUACUGUCUCCAAAAACCAGCCACCCUCAAACCUUACUCAGCAACAAGCCUAUUCUUUCAUUCUUACAUUUCAUUCCUAUUCUUUCACACGAAACUAACUCUUUUGGAGCCAGACAUCAAGAUUGCGUAAAUGGCAGGUGCAGUAACAAGAGACGAGUUGACGAGGUCAAUGAGUCGAAGGGCGAGCUUUUCGUCUCCCAGCAUGAAGGGUUGGGCUUCGGCCAGCAUCCGGGAGGCAUUUGUUGCUACGGGAGACGACGUUUUCCAAAAAAGUGGGAGACGGGAUGAUGAGGAAGAGCUCAAGUGGGCUGCAAUUGAGAGGCUACCGACUUAUGAUCGAAUGAGGAAGGGAAUCUUGAAGCAAGUUUUGGACAACGGAAGAGUCGUCCAUGAAGAAGUCGACUUUGCUAAUCUUGGCAUACAGGACAAGAAGCAGAUCAUGGACAGUAUGCUGAGAGCUUUUGAGGAUGAUAACGAGAUGCUACUUCUGAAGCUUCGUGAGAGGAUUAGUAGGGUGGGGAUCAGUGUACCACAAUGUGAAGUCAGGUUUGAGCAUUUGUUUGUUGAAGGGGAAGCAUUUGCUGGAAACAGGGCACUUCCAACUCUCUUCAAUUCCACAGUAAAUGCCCUUGAGGGAGUUCUUGGUUCUCUGAGGUUGUUUCCAUCUCGAAAGAAGACUGUCAAGAUUCUCACCGACGUAUCUGGAAUACUGAAACCAUCAAGGAUGACACUCCUUCUGGGACCUCCCAGCUCGGGGAAAACUACGUUACUUAAGGCGCUUGCUGGAAAGCUGGAGCAAGAUCUUAGGGUUAGUGGGAAGAUCACAUACUGUGGCCAUGAACUGAGGGAAUUUGUCCCUCAGAGAACAUGUGCUUACAUAAGCCAGCACGAUCUUCAUCACGGUGAGAUGACUGUUAGAGAAACGUUGGAUUUUUCCAGCCGUUGUUUUGGAGUCGGUGCACGAUAUGAACUACUGGCAGAAUUAUCGAGGCGAGAAAGAGAUGCUGGUAUCAAACCAGACCCUGAGAUCGAUGCUUUCAUGAAAGCCAUUGCUGUAGCUGGACAAAAGACUAGUUUAGUCACAGACUAUGUGCUUAAGAUUCUUGGACUGGAUAUAUGUGCUGAUACAAUGGUUGGCGAUGAAAUGAGAAGGGGGAUUUCUGGAGGGCAGAAGAAGCGUGUCACAACUGGAGAAAUGCUGGUAGGGCCUGCAAAAGUAUUCUUCAUGGACGAAAUUUCAACCGGGCUCGAUAGCUCCACCACAUUUCAAAUCGUUAAAUAUAUGAAGCAAAUGGUUCACAUAAUGGAUAUAACCAUGAUCGUCUCCCUUCUCCAACCAGCCCCCGAAACUUUUGAUCUUUUUGAUGACAUAAUAUUGCUUUCAGAAGGUCAAAUUGUAUAUCAAGGUCCACGUGACAACAUCCUGGACUUUUUUGAGAGCAUAGGAUUCAAAUGUCCUGAGAGGAAGGGAGUUGCUGAUUUUUUGCAAGAGGUUACUUCCAAGAAGGACCAAGAGCAGUAUUGGUCAAGAAAAAAUGAACCUUAUCGAUACAUCUCAGUAUCUGAUUUUGUCCAUCAUUUCGAGUCUUUUUACAUUGGCCACAAGAUUUUCAGUGAGCUUGGAGUUCCUUAUGACAAGAGUAAAGUUCACCCAGCAGCCUUAGUGAAAGACAAGUAUGGUAUCUCCAACAAAGAUUUGUUUAAGGCAUGCUUGGCAAGAGAGUGGUUAUUAAUGAAGCGCAACUCGUUUGUGUACAUCUUUAAGACUGUACAAAUCACAAUUAUGGCACUUUUUACCUUCACAGUGUUCUUUAGAACAACUAUGAAGUCCGGUCACACGGACGAUGGAGGAAAAUUUUACGGAGCCCUUUUCUUCAGCCUCCUCAACGUAAUGUUUAACGGGAUGGCUGAGCUUGCGAUGACCAUUUUCAGGCUGCCUGUAUUUUUCAAACAGAGAGAUGCUCUAUUUUACCCUGCCUGGGCUUUUGCACUACCAAUUUGGCUCCUCAGAAUUCCUAUCUCAUUGAUGGAGUCAGGAAUAUGGAUAAUCCUAACAUAUUAUACUGUCGGAUUUGCUCCUGCGGCUAGUAGGUUCUUCCGCCAAUUCUUGGCGUUUGUGGGCAUCCAUCAGAUGGCCUUAGGUCUCUUCCGUUUCAUCGCUGCCCUCGGAAGAACGCAGGUCGUUGCAAAUACACUUGGAACCUUUACAUUGUUAUUGGUCUUUGUACUAGGUGGAUUCAUCAUUGCCAAAGAUGACCUUCAACCCUGGAUGAAAUGGGCAUACUAUCUUUCUCCUAUGUCAUAUGGACAGAAUGCAAUAGUUCUCGUAGAAUUUCUUGAUCCAAGAUGGUCAACGCCCAAUAAUGAUACAAGAUUUUCUGGGAGUACGGCCGGGAAGGAGCUUCUAGCUGCUAGGGGUAUGUUUACAGAAGAACAUUGGUAUUGGACCUGUGUCAUCGCGCUGUUUGCAUUCUCUCUUUUCUUCAAUCUCUGCUUCGUUGCAGCGUUGACAUACUUGAAACCACUGGGAGAUUCCAAAUCUGCUAGUUCCAACUUAGAGAAUGAGAGCAAGAAACACAGGCUCCCACAACAAACAAAUGCAAACGAUGCGGUUAGUGCAAAUAGCAAGCGAGGAAUGGUGCUUCCGUUCAAGCCCUUGUCGCUAUCGUUUGAUCAUGUCAAUUACUACGUUGAUAUGCCACCUGAAAUGAAAGGCCAAGGUGUUGAGGAAACGCGACUCCAAUUGUUGAGAGAUGUUAGUGGCGCUUUUAGACCUGGAGUUUUGACAGCAUUGAUGGGGGUAAGUGGUGCUGGUAAAACCACUUUGAUGGAUGUUCUAGCCGGAAGAAAAACUGGUGGAUACAUUGAAGGCGAAAUCAAAAUAUCUGGUUAUGUGAAGAAUCAAGAGACAUUUGCUCGUGUGAGCGGCUAUUGUGAACAAAACGACAUCCAUUCUCCGCAUGUUACAGUAUACGAGUCUCUGUUGUAUUCAGCUUGGCUUCGUCUUCCAGCUGACGUAAACAAAGAAACAAGACAGAUGUUUGUCGAGGAAGUGAUGGAGUUAGUCGAGCUAAAUUCUCUAAGGGGCUCUCUCGUGGGGCUUCCUGGAGUAGAUGGUUUGUCAACUGAACAACGAAAGAGGCUCACCAUUGCUGUUGAACUAGUUGCAAAUCCAUCUAUUAUUUUCAUGGACGAACCAACAUCAGGUCUCGAUGCUAGAGCUGCUGCCAUUGUCAUGCGGGCUGUGAGGAAUACAGUGGACACAGGGAGAACCGUUGUCUGCACAAUUCACCAGCCAAGCAUCGAUAUCUUUGAAUCCUUUGAUGAGCUAUUUCUAAUGAAGAGAGGAGGACAAGUUAUUUACGCAGGACCUCUUGGUCGUAAUUCUCAACUUUUAGUAGAAUACUUUGAAUCCAUUCGAGGAGUACCUAAAAUCAAAGACGGAUACAAUCCAGCAACAUGGAUGUUGGAAGUUAGUUCUUCGACAGUUGAAACUCAACUUGGCUUGGAUUUUGCUGAAAUAUACUCCAAUUCUGAUCUCCAAAGGAGAAAUCAAGAAGUUAAUAAGGAGCUAAGCACUCCUACACCAGAGUCCCAAGACCUAUACUUUCCGACAAAAUACUCGCAACCGUUUCUCGUUCAAUUUAAGGCAUGUUUCUGGAAACAACACUGGUCGUAUUGGCGAAAUCCUCAGUACAAUGUCAUCCGUUUUUUCAUGACCACUAUAAUUGGAAUCAUAUUUGGAGUCAUCUUCUGGGAUAAAGGAGAUAAAAUGCACAAGCAACAAGACUUGUCCAAUCUUAUGGGAGCUAUGUAUGCUGCUGUUUUAUUCCUUGGAGGAACAAACACUUCUGCUGUUCAGUCAGUAGUGGCAAUCGAAAGAACAGUCUUUUACCGUGAAAGAGCAGCUGGGAUGUUUUCAGCCUUGCCAUAUGCAUUUGCACAGGUGGGCGUUGAAACAAUUUAUGUUGCCAUCCAAACUUUUGUUUACAGUCUUCUCCUUUAUUCGAUGAUUGGUUUUGAGUGGGGCGCAACGAAGUUCUUAUGGUUCUAUUAUUACGUAUUCAUGUGCUUUGUUUACUUCACUCUAUAUGGAAUGAUGCUUGUCGCGCUCACGCCAAGUUACCAAAUAGCCGCGAUAGUCAUGUCUUUCUUCCUCAGUUUUUGGAACCUCUUCUCCGGCUUUCUCAUCCCAAGAAUGCAAAUCCCGAUUUGGUGGAGGUGGUACUAUUGGGGUUCUCCAGUUGCAUGGACGAUUUACGGGCUCAUAACAUCACAAGUGGGAGACAAAAUGGAUAAUGUUCAUGUACCUGAGCAUGGUGACAUCCCAGUGAAGUACUAUCUUAAGCAGUAUCUAGGUUACGAAUCUGAGUUUCUGGGAUAUGUUGCUUUGGCGCACGUCGGGUGGGCACUCCUUUUCUUCUUCGUCUUUGUAUAUGGUAUCAAGUUGCUAAACUUCCAAAGAAGAUAAGCUAACAACAAUGCAAGAAACCUUUGCAAGCAAAUCAAGUUUCAUAUGAAUAACAUGACAAGUGAAAUUUACACUUGUAAUUCUUGUGUAAUCAUCUAAUUGCUAUUUGCUUACAAAGCAAUGAUUCUAUGAUUCAUUAUAUUA